AUGAGAGCACAAAGUGAUAGUUGGUACUCUAAUUUUCUGCUAAGGAUUGGCAAUGGGAUUGAAGAAACAUACACCAAUGAUUAUGUACAGCUCUCCGAUGACAUUGCCAUUGAGUACAACUCUGAUAAGUCAAUUGACAUACUCAUCGAGCACGUGUUCCCGGAUCUUAAAGGUAAAGAAAAGGUGUACUAUAACUCGAUUGACGAUAACACCAACAACAACUACCCUCUUGAUUUUCUUAACUCGAUUAUUCUGAACGGGUUACCUCCUCGUGAGCUCAAGGUCAAGAAAAAUUAUCCCGUCAUACUGCUUCAAAAUCUUGAUCCUCAUAAUGGACUUUAUAAUGGUACUCGAUUGGUGGUGAGGGGGUUCGAAGACAACGCAAUUGAUGCUGAGAUUGUUAAUGGCCAACAUGCUGGGAAUAGAGUUUUUCUACUAAGGAUACCUGUGUCCCCUUCAGAGGAUAUUACACUUUCAUUCAAGUUCAAAAGAAAGCAGUUCCCAAUCAGGCUAAGUUUUGCAAUGACCAUUAAUAAGACUUAG